UUCUGAAAAAAAAUGGAGGUCCGCACCGUGACGUCACUUGCGUGCUUGUUGCGUUGAAACGUUUCAAAUGUUUUAUUUUCAUGACAUUCCGAUGAGAAAUAUACUUAGUUGAAGCUCCAGUCGUUCGCUGCAACAACCGGCGAGUACAUGUAACUGUGUAAUAUCCAUAAAUGUACGCAAACGUCGGCUAAAGCUAGCGUCAAUUAGCAUCGUUAGCUCGUCGAAUGGAAAGCCGCAGAUGCCUGCAAGGUUUCAUUUCUUUCAAACUUUUUUUUUUUUUUUUCCAAGUCACAACUACUGUAGUCCGCACUUGAAAUCUGAGCUAAGUAAUACCCGUGUCCCGUUAGGGGUGGCCCCAGCUUGUCAUCUUUUCCCUCCCAACAUCCAUCAAAUUUUCCUUUGGUCAUCCUCUCUCUCGCUCUUUUGCCUGGCAGCUCCAUCUUGAGCAGCCUUCUACCGCUAUACUCACUGUCUCUCCUCUGGACAUGUCCAAACCAUGGAAGUCUGCUCUCUCGAACCUCGUCUCCAAAACGUCCAACUUUGGCUGUCCCGCUAAUGAGCUCAUUUCAUAUCGUAUCUAACCUGCUCACUCCGAGCGAGAACCUCACCAUCUUCAUUUCUGCUUUCCGUUGUUUCUUCAGUGCCGCAGUCUCGAAUCUAUCCGUCCAUCACGGUUGGCCUCAGCACUGUUUUAUAAACUUUGCCCUUCAUCCUAGCAGAGACUCUUCUGUCACCUUCCGCCAAGCGUUCCACCCCGCUUGGACCUGUUUCUUCACUUCCUUAGCACCCUCACCAUUGCUCUGGAUUGUUGACCCCCGAUGCAUCCGUCUGUCGUUCCAAUGGUUUCUCCACCCUCUCCCUGCUUUCACUGCAGAUGAUAACGUCAUCUGUGAAUAUCAUGAUCCAGGGGGAUUUCAGUCCAACGUCAUCUGUCAGCCUAUCCAGUAUCACAGCAAAAACGGGAAGGGUCUGAGAGCAGAUCCCUGAUGCACUCCCACCUCACCGCUGUUCUGCCUUCUUCGGACUCACUCAUUUGUUUUCUCCAGUCUUGUCGUUGAUUUCUCGACUCGUCUUGUUUUUCUCUCACCUCUGUCGUUUCUCUUGAAUGAGAAUCAUCUUUGUCAAGUAUGUCAAAAACACAAGGAAUUUGUCUCCGGCAAGUGGAGCGCUACUCUCUCCAGUCUCUUGCCUGUUUCCGUCGUCUUUGAGAGAGUAAAAAAACUUUCAAGCUCCUCUCUUGUUUGUCUAGUUUCUCAUUUCUGUGUCGUCUUACUGGCCUCUGUCCUGUACUAUUGUAACCUAUUUUUCCGCCACACCAGACUUCCACGAGAAGACUCUGUAUCUUUGCACAAUUGUGACUCGGGUCGUACCAGGGAUGCACCGACUGCCGGUGACAAAUUCCUUGUGUGUUGUUGACAUACUUGGCCAUUAAAUCUGAUUCUGAUUUUUCACCGUAGGGGUGGUGCUCCGAUGAUUGUGUGUGUGUGUGUGUGUAUCUCCAGAGGGUUUUUUGGCCAAAGCGAGCGUCGCGCUUGCGAUGUCAGCGAUCAGGCGGAGACCGGCAGGCGGCGCCGUCGGCCACUUCGUUGAGACUUUGGCGGCGAGGCUGAGGGAAAGCGAGCAGACGUGGAGGCGCAAAGCGGAGCUGCUGCAGCAGGAGGUGCUCGGCCUUCGACGGGCCCUGCUCAUCGCCACGGCAAAGCAAAGCGCAGGUCCCGACGCGACCACGGAAAGUGACUCGGACACUCCGGAACUCUUUCAGCUUGUGCCGCCCCAGCAGCAGCAGCAGCAGUUUCCCUCCAAUCAGCAAAGGGUGGAGCUUCCUCACGAGCGCUUCUUGCGCUCGUUCUGCGACUUCCUACGAGAUGACCCGCUGUGGCUCGGGCCGGGCCAGGACACGGAGACGGGCGACAUCUCGGCGGACGCGCCGUGCCGGCUCCUGGACGCGUUGGCGGCCGUGUUCCGGGAGCGCUCGCUAGUCGGGGGAGCGGGCCAGCUCGCCGUGAAGGCGUGCCAAGCGUUUGCCCGAGCCACGGACCCGUUCUCUUCGCGAGGUGCGCUCUCCGCCCGCAUGACAACGCAGCUCCAGACCUCCCUGAGGGAGCUCACCGCCAUCUUGCUACACAGCAGCCACCACCUGACGGCGGACGUGCUGGCGUCGUGCUUGGCGACGUUGGGGAGGAGUCGCGUGGCAAAGACCUUCCUGGUUGGUCACAUCCUGUCUGAGGUCGGCGGGCUGGCGGAUGCGCUGUGCCGCGCCAUCCAGGAGAACGCCAGCGUGGACGAGAUUCCCGUGGACGAGUACCACAACGCCUUGCGCCUGCUGACAAUUCUGGAGGAGCUGCUGAGCGACGUGCGCUCGUCAGAGCAGACGGAGAGCCUGCGCUACUUGGAACAACAAACGUUUGCUCUUUCGCAGGAAUUUCCCCUCUUGGCCGUCAGCGUGUGGAGGGUGGCCGCGCUCAUAAGGACACAAAACCUUUCAUCUUGCGCUCCAAAUUCUCCUUGA